AUGGACAUGCCUCCGGCAACCGAUUCGAGUGACCCUGCCAACGAGGGUCAGGAGUCGAAGCCGUCAAAGCCCGGCAAGCAGAAGGCGGGCCCGAAGUCCAAGGCUGGUGCGAAGAAAGUCAGCAAGAAGCCGGCGGCUGAUGGUGAGAUCGCGACUGAGACCGAGAUCCGUGUUGGUGAAGGGCCCGAGGCUGAGGAUGACGAUGUGGAGGCUGAGCCUCCAGUGGCUGAGAAGCCCACAGUCAUGGGGAAGCCCGCAGCCGCAGCAGGGUCGGAGGAACGGGAGAAGCUGAUCCAAGAGGAAGUGAUUCCAGUCGAGCGUGAAACGACUGCGGAGUUGAAGCUCCAGCUGAUGAAAAAGAUGGCCGACGAGGACGAUGCAGACAUCGUGGUAUCACCCUCUGGAAUGAUGCAGCGCUGGUCAGAGGCGCAGGUCCGGCUCCGGACGAGCAAGCGCUUUCAGCAUGUUGUCGCCGGUGUCACGAUUUUCGCAGUCUUUGCGGACAUUCUCGGUACCGCCAUCAUCAUGCCCGGCUUGGCCUCCGUGUGUACUUUCGCCUCGGGCGGCCCGGGGGACUUCUUGGAGCAGCAGCGAGCUGCAGGGCUGCUGACGGAAGAGGCCUUCCAGGAGCAGACGCAGCUGUACAUCUCCCCGCACGCUUUCAAGGGCGAACGAGGAGCUUGGUCGGGAGCGCCGCCGGUCCCCUUCUCGCUGUCCAUGAAUCUGGUCAUGUCCCUGGGAUUUCUGGGCUCUGCCGCCGGGUCCAUGUUCUUCGGAUGGCUCUGCGACAGGAUCGGCUGCAAGAUCCCGAUGCAGAUCUGCCUUGGCAUGGGUAUUCUGGGAUACCUCAUCAUCUACGCCUCGGCCAUUUGGGUGAAGUCCUACUACCUCUUCAUGCUCGGGAAUGUCUGGAACAACUUCUUCGGGAACUGCAUGCAGAUCGCCUCGACCUACUUCGGGCAGCUCUUCGAUGGCGCAGAGCGGGACCCGCAGCUCAGGGUCUAG